UUAUGGUAGUUGUUAUGGAAGAUAUAUGUAUAUAUCUUCGCUAUGUAACUUCUUAACGCAAGACAAAAUCUAUUUGGACCAUGGCAACCCAAACUUUGUGUGAAUCUCCUCUUCCUGUUGUUGACUUCAUCAAUGAAAACAUGAAGCCGGGCACCGAUACAUGGCUUGGAGCCUGUCAAUUGGUGCGGAGAGGAUUUGAGGAUUACGGUUGUUUCCUAGCACGCUUCAGUAAGGUUGGUCCAGAGCUUCUCAACUCCGUUUACUAUGCAAUGGAAGAACUCUUUAGUCUUCCAUUGGAAACCAAAAGGAGAAAAACAAGUGAUAAACCAAACCAUGGCUACACUGGACAAGUACCCACAUCGCCUCUAUUUGAAUCUUUUGCGAUUGACAAUCCAUCCAGUAUUGAAGAUUGUCAAAAAUUCGCACGCAUAAUGUGGCCAACGGGAAAUGACCAUUUGUGUGAAAGCGUCAACGAGUAUACAAAGAUGUUAAAAGAACUAGACCAAACCGUGAAGAGAAUGGUAUUUGAUAGCUAUGGCCUGGACAAGCUGAAAUGCGAGUCAUUCCUCGAGUCAACCAAUUAUGCUUUUCGAAGCUACAAAUAUAAGAUACCUGCGACAGAUGAGAGCAGCGUGGGAGUGAAUUCUCAUACGGACUCAACCUUCAUAACCAUAUUGCAUCAGAGGGUAGAUGGCCUAGAAGUUAAAUUGAAGGAUGGAGAAUGGUUUGGUGUGGAUGCCUCACCUUUGUUUUGUGUCAUGGCUGGUGAUGCAUUUAUGGUAUGGAGUAGUGAAAGGAUAAGAGCUUGUGAACAUCGUGUUAUUCUGAAAGCAAAGGUAACCAGGUACUCCUUGGGAUUACUUUCAUACAGUAGUAAGAUGGUACAGACAUUGGAGGAUCUAGUCGAUGAGGAACAUCCAAUACGCUAUAAGCCAUUCGACCAUUAUGCAUAUGUUGGUUUUCGUUUCACAGAGGAAGCCGUAAAAUAUACAAGUCGUAUCAAAACAUAUAGUGGUAUUUAAUUAAUUUGAGACAAUCUAUGUGUGUAUCUUAUGAAGAAAUUGAAGGCCAUUUCAUAUAUAUAUAUAUAUAUAUCAGAAAGGAAUUAUUGACUUGUAAGAAGUUGAAUAUAAUAGUGUGUGGCUUCCUUGGGGGCAACUUAUUAUCGGUUUAUAUAUAAUAAAUGUUUCUGCA